GAGGGGAAACAAACCCAGAGUUGGGCUGCCAGCCCUGUGUAUGUGCCCAUAAUGCAUCGCGCCCUGUGCUCGUAGGAAGAGAAGGAAAAAUAAGCCCGAGCUGCUGUUCGCCUUUACUCGCAUCGUCGCUGGCCUUUGUGGUGCCGCUGAAUAGUCGAUGCCGAGAGUUUUAUGCGCCUCUGUCGGCCCUGUGGCUGGAUAAUUCAAAGCGGCCGCCCGCCAUUUCGCUGCUGAUGCACGGCGUCCCUCUAGGCUCCAGCGCAUUGGGGCGGCAGCACUGCCAUGAAUAGCGGGCUUCCAGCUUCCGCCGCCGCGCUUGGGGGGGCCGCCGCCGUUCCCUGCGCCAAGGUGAAGCUUUGUCGCUACUACGCAAAAGACAAGACCUGCUUUUAUGGAGACGAGUGUCAGUUCCUGCACGAAGAGCCGUCCGCGUCCGGUCUGUCGGCGCACGGCGGUGCAAGUGGUCCGGCCCCUCUGGCCCUGAGUAGUGCUGCCGGGACCGCCGCCUACCCGCUUGGAGGAUCCGCCUCGGCCGCUGCGGGUGCAAACGUAACCAAGAAGAACGAUUCGGUGGGGGCUGGAGGCGCGCUUCUGGACGGACAGCUGCUGAGCCUCCCUGGGAUGGAUGGUGGUGCCCUGACUGAAUCCAACCUGACUAACUCCUAUUUCAGCAGCAGCUUUAUUGGAGUCAAUGGGUUUGGCAGCCCCGCAGAGCCCAAAUUCCCCAUGAUGCAGAGGAUGACCAGCAGCAGCAGCUCUCCGAGUCUCCUCAAUGACAGUAUGAAGAACUACAGCACACAUGAUCCAGGUAAUUCCCCUGUAUCGACUCUCUUUGCGGACUUCGGUGCUCUGAGCCUGUCACAAAGGAGAAAGGCCCCAAAUCCAGCCGCCAGCGAGUUCGUCCCGAAGACAGCCCCAGCCUCUCGCCUGGCCUCUGUUCCUCUGUCCGGUGCCCUCCCCUUCUCCUCCCCACUCUUCUCGCACUCAGGCAUGGGCAGCACUACUGCCUCCAGCCUAGCCCCAGGCAUGUCCCUGUCUGCUGGCUCCUCACCGCUCCACUCGCCCAAAAUCACCCCCCACACCUCCCCAGCCCCCCGCCGUCGGAGCCACACGCCCAGCCCUUACCCCGGGGCUGCUGGCUACACAGCUCUGGGGGACCCGGCAGCCACGGGAGCCGUGGGAGGUCAUGUGAUCCAGAAGGAGACAGUGGGUGGGACGACCUACUUUUACACGGACAGCACGCCCUCCCCGAUGGCGGGGCUGGUGUUUCCUACGUUCCACAUCUAUCCCCCCACGGCCCCCCACGUGGCCUACAUGCAGCCCAAGGCCAAUGCCCCAUCCUUCUUCAUGGCCGAUGAACUUCGCCAGGAGCUAAUCAACAGGCACCUGAUAACCAUGGCGCAAAUUGACCAGGCUGAGAACCCAGAUGUCCCAGCUGAGGUUGAUAACUACCACAGCCUGUUUCCUCUGGAGCCCCUGCCUCCUCCCAACCGGCUGCAGAAAACCAGCAGCUUCAAUUACAUCACUUCCUGUUAUAAAGCAGUUAACAGCAAAGAUGAUCUGCCCUACUGCCUGAGGAGGAUUCACGGCUUCAGGCUGGUGAACACCAAAUGUAUGAUGCUGGUGGACAUGUGGAGGAAGAUCCAGCACUCGAACUUUGUCACGCUCAGAGAGGUCUUCACCACCAAGGCCUUUGGAGACCACUCCCUGGUCUUCUCCUACGACUUCCACGCUGGCGCAGAAACCAUGGCCGCCCGGCACUUUAACAACCCCACAGCCGACUGCUACUUCACCAAGAGGAAGUGGGCUGGCCAGCACGAACCUCCCCCGCCCCGGCAGCAUGCCGGCUUGCUGCCCGAGUCACUCAUCUGGGCCUACAUUGUGCAGCUGAGCUCAGCACUGCGCACCAUUCACACUGCUGGCCUGGCCUGCAGACUCAUGGAGCCCCGCAAGAUCAUCGUCACCGGGAAGACCAGGUUGCGUGUGAACUGUGUUGGUGUCUUUGAUGUCUUAACGUUUGAUAGCAGCCAGUCGAACCCUUUGGCCUUGAUCCCACAAUACCAGCAAGCGGACCUUGUCUCCCUGGGGAAAGUGGUGCUGGCACUGGCCUGUAACUCUCUGGCUGGUCUGCAGAGAGAGAACCUGCAGAAAGCCAUGGAGCUGGUGUCCAUCAACUACUCUUCUGACCUCAAGAACCUCAUUCUAUACCUGCUGACUGAUCAGUCUCGACUGCGCAGUGUUAACGACAUCAUGCCCAUGAUCGGAGCUCGAUUCUACACUCAGCUGGAUGCCUCCCAGAUGAGAAAUGAUGUCAUCGAGGAGGACCUGGCCAAGGAGGUGCAGAAUGGCCGCUUGUUCCGUCUCCUGGCUAAACUUGGCACCAUCAAUGAGAGGCCUGAGUUUCAGAAGGACCCCACCUGGUCCGAGACCGGAGAUCGCUACCUUCUGAAGCUCUUCAGGGACCACCUCUUCCACCAGGUCACUGAGGCCGGCACCCCCUGGAUAGAUCUCAGCCACAUUGUUUCUUGCCUCAACAAGCUGGAUGCUGGCGUCCCGGAAAAGAUCAGCUUGGUCUCCCGGGAUGAGAAGAGUAUCCUGGUGGUGACUUACUCGGACCUAAAGCGCUGUUUCGAUGGCACCUUUCAGGAGCUGACCAGCGUUUCCAGUGGGCAGCUGUAGCAUUGGCCCCACCCUCCUGAUGGAGGCCCCGCCUCCCCGGCUCCUGGCAGCCGAUAGCUCGGACUGCCCGUGACUGAAACUGAGCAAAUUGCACUACAGCCGGGUGUGAUACCUUUUCCCCGGGUGGCUGAGCACGGACAUGCAGGCACGUGGGCAGGCAGGUUCGCUGCCUCGCUUCUGUCUGCCACGCUGCUCUGUCUGGCAGGAGUCCAUUUGACUUCAGAAGCUGUUUUCUCUCAGAUUGAAACCCUGUGGCUGUGAUUAUGGGCACAAGGGGUUAUUUUUUUUUUGUCCUUUUUUUAAAGAUGGGGGAUCAAAACCUGAUGGUGUCUUUGCUGUUUUUUAUUUGGUUUUUAUUUCCCUGAUGCAGAUGCACUAAAUUUUUAAGUUUGUUUUAAUUGUCGUGGCCUUGCGAGGGCACUGUCCUCAAAGGAUUGGAAAUAAAACCUGCGUUUCUUA